CACCAUUUCUAAAUCAUUUAUAUAUAUAAAUAAAUACUCCUAUAUAUAUUCUGUCAGAUAAUAUACAUACUUGUAACUUCUGAAAGAAAAACCCUAGCCGCGAACGCAUCGAAAUUCUUUUUUUAGGGUUUCUGAUCUCAUCUACAACGAUGGCGGAUGUUGAAGCAGAUGUGGCAGCAGGACAGCCGAGGAAGAGGACGUUCAAGAAGUUCAGCUUCAGAGGCGUUGAUUUGGAUUCACUUCUCGACAUGUCCACCGACGAACUUGUCAAGCUCUUCCCUGCCCGAGCUCGCAGAAGGUUCCAGAGAGGUCUGAAGAGAAAACCCAUGGCUUUGAUCAAGAAACUUCGCAAGGCAAAACGGGAGGCCCCUCCUGGUGAGAAGCCAGAACCUGUCAAGACCCACCUACGCAAUAUGAUCAUAGUCCCCGAAAUGAUAGGAAGCAUCGUUGGGGUGUAUAAUGGCAAGACCUUCAAUCAGGUUGAGAUCAAGCCUGAAAUGAUUAGCCAUUAUCUAGCUGAGUUCUCAAUCUCGUACAAGCCGGUCAAGCAUGGUAGACCUGGUAUUGGUGCCACCCACUCAUCAAGGUUCAUUCCUCUCAAGUGAGAGAUAUGUGUCAGCAAUCUGGAUAAUAUAAUCCUUUUCUAUUUUCAAGGAACAGGCUAUAUUAGUAUAUUUAUCGAAAACUUUUACGCUUUGAAUUUGUAAUUUGAAGACCUGGUGGUUGUGGACACAGGAGGAACGUGAUUUUGAUUAUUUAUUUAUGUGAGUGCCUUGAAAAAAUUUGUUGCCA